GGCGCUGUGGGCGCAGCCCCUGCCCGGCCGCGGCCUCUCUUCCCGCCGCGGCGGGUCCUGCGGGCCAGGCGCCGCGGUCAUGGCGCUGCCGGUGCUUUCGAGCUCGGCCGUGAAGUUCCGGCGGGUCCUGGCACACUUCCCUCAGGAGCUCAGCCUGGCCUUCGCCUACGGCUCGGGGGUGUUCCGGCAGGCGGGGGCCGCGGCCGAGCACGGCGAGAACAAUAUGCUGGAUUUUGUAUUUGCUGUUGAUGAUUCUGUGACCUGGCAUAUGAUGAACUUGUUAAAGAACAGGAGUCAUUAUUCCUUCCUAAAAUUUUUUGGGCCAAAACAGAUAACUAGUAUGCAGAGCUACGGAGCAGGAAUUUACUACAACACUUUAGUGCCAUGUAAUGGUAGGAUGAUAAAAUAUGGUGUAAUUAGCACUGAUACCCUGAUUGAUGAUUUAUUUCACUGGAAAACCCUCUAUGUCGCUGGGCGCCUACAAAAGCCGGUGAAAAUACUGACACAGAAUGAGAAUAGCAAGCUGCAAGCUGCUCUUGUUAGCAACCUGAAGAGUGCAGUCACAGCAGCCUUUCUCAUGUUACCAGAAAGUUUCUCUGAAGAAGACCUCUAUAUGCAGAUUGCAGGACUCUCCUACUCUGGUGAUUUCAGAAUGAUAAUAGGAGAAGACAGAUUGAAAGUGCAGAACAUAGUGAAACCCAACAUUCCCCAUUUUCAGAAGCUUUACAGUAACAUAUUACAGGACUGCCCUCAAGUGGUAUAUAAGCACCAUCUGGGAAGGCUAGAGAUUGAUAAAAGUCCAGAAGGUCAAUUUGCACAACUAAUGGCUUUGCCAAAGACUCUGCAACAAAAGAUAACUUCUCUAGUAAACCCUCCUGGAAAAAACAGAGAUGUGGAAGAAAUUUUACUGCAAGUUGCUCAUGACCCUGACUGUGGAUUUGUGGUGCAUCAAGGCAUUUCAGGAAUUGUGAGAUCUUCCAGUAUAGUGCAGAGUGCUAAAACCAUACUGACAGCUGGCAUGGGCAGCUAAGUAACCUGCAUGGCUAACGAGCAGCCUGGAAUUCUCCAAGCACUCCUGCUUAGGUGUCCUGCUGCACGGUGGAAUCUGGCAGGUUGCUGGUGUCCAUUACCAGCCAGAGUGGAAUCCUACUCAGCUGGACAUACCUUGCAGUAGAUGAGAAAGGGCUUGAAAAAGCACAAUGUAUUAGUUUGGUGAGGAUCUGCAGUACACACAGGGGCAAAGAAAUCUGUAACUUACAGUAUGAAGAAAUUAUAUAAAAUGACAAAGGGAUGGUUAAGGAAGACAUCUUGAGUCUUGACGUAGUAUGUAUGGGUAAAUAAAUGGUACUUUUUCUCUAAAUAUUUUGCAGAUGCCACUUUGCAUACUUGAGAAGAUUACAAUGCAUUUAAGAAGUCUGUUCUAAUGAUUUACGUGCCCAAUUUUAUGAAUGAAAUAGGAACGUUUUAAUGGGAGAAGGUUUGCUGAUAAUAGGGCAAAGGAAUUCUACUCUGUAAAUACUGAACUGUAUUUUCUUAUAUACUAGAGCUUAGGUUUUCAGAAACCCCUAGUAAAAAGAAUUGAUUGUAGAUAUGAAUGAAAACCCAAAACCACUCAUUUUCUAUGUAUUGCUAGCUUUAUUUUCCAAAAUACCCUGAGGCUCUUUCAAAAUAAUCAAGUUCUUUCAGGGACUUAUAGAACUGGAGAGCCCACUGAAUUUUAUGUAGAUAUGAAACUGUCCUUUCACAUUUCUGCAUUGACAAGUUCAUCCUUAGAAUUCUUCUGAGGAUCCUCACUGGAUACUUCUGCAGGGCAGACCUUAUGGAAAGGACAUUUCUUCUCACGUGUGACGUUCUGAAUCCAAAAAACUUCCACGGUGACUUUUGGUGUGGGACAGAGAAAUGAGCAGCUUGUCAGGUGUCACGUUUCAAUCCUUUUAUAAAAAUUCUUUUAUGAGCCUGAGAUGAAAACUGCCCAACUCAUGGCUUAGCCUUGUCAGAAGAGCCAGAGUUGGAGGGAAAAUCAUAAUUCCAUGGACCUACUUGUGCAGACUUAUGAAAUAUGUGUUGUUUGGCAAAAGAUUCUAUCAAAGCACUUUGGAGUUGGGAAUAUUAUGAACAAAAGCACAUAUUGUUUGAUUCUUUGAUUUUAUUUUUUUUCCCCUGAAAAUACUGUCCACAAAGGUGAAACUUGUUUUCCCUUUAAAAAUUAGCUAAACUAAAGAAAAUUGGAGUUUUACAUAAUGUGUCAAUCAUGCCAUUAAAGAUUGGACAUUUCUGGCAGUUUUCAUGUGUGGUGCAAUAAAUUUGGAGGACCUUUUGUAAACAGAAUAUUUUUCGCACUCAGGUGGGUUUCCUACUUUAGGAAGUUUGUCUUAUUAGAAAUAAAUUGAGACAAAAUUUAAUUUUGUUUGUGAAAAUGUCAAUGAUAAAAAUAAUUUAAUGGUAAAAAAUGGAAAUAAAAUGUAUCUUUCCUGAUUAGCAUGUAUUUUUUUUUCUUGUGUAUUAUCUGAUCAGUAGGGUUAUCUCAAGCCACAUUUAAUUUAGUGAUCUCACUUUAAAUUAUUGGAAUGAAGUUGUCUGCUAAUUGUUUCCAGGGAGCAGUUCAAAGCAUGAAUUUAAGAAAGACAACAGAAAAUAUAUUAUUGUAUGUAAUACGACUCAUGCAGGCUUACUUUAAUCAUAGGACAACUUUAAAAUAUUGAUUAUUUUUAAAUAUUUGAGUUUGACAUUUUGAACCAGAGUCAGGAAAUAAAUGUGUCCCCUUUUUAAAAUUAUUAUCUUGAAAAAUAUUAUUCCUGUGAAAUAGUAAAGAAAUUACUGUGAAAAUUUCUAAGGCCAUAGGUAGAUUCCUAAAACCUUGCAUUAUCCAUUGGUGAUAGAUCUAGAAUGUGUGAGCCAAAUCCCCUCAAAUGUCCCUUUGCUGAUAUUAGAAGGCUCACGAGCUUUUAUGGUGAUGAAGAAUGUUUGUAUGUGUGGUAUUAGCAUUCUCUGUCCCCCCUUACUAAUGGAAGAGGCCAAAUUCCCCAAUUUGAAAAGUUUACCAUAUAAGAAAUGGAACCAGGGGCUUUAAGCCACUGCUUAAAUAAACUUAACUUGGGUUUUGGCUGGAUUUUUUUGUUUGCAUGAAGAGGUUACUUUGUAGAUAAUCUAGAAGUCUUUUAUACAUAAUACACCCUAUCCACCUUAAAAUUAACCUCAUAUGUAGUGAGGACUUACAGUAGCCAUGCCAUUUUUAACGUUUCAGCAUAAGCUCUGGUAAAAGAAAUCUGAAAUCAGAUGUUGACUUGCUUAGGUGUGCUCGGUGGGAAGCUCUUAAGAACACAGAAUACUGAUCCCAGUGCUAGAAACAGACCCCGACAGAUACAAAGCUUUUGGACAAAUGAACAGCCUGAGAAAAGAUUCAGGAUGGAGCCAUGGCCUUCUGAAUGAAAUAGUUACCAGGCUGUGUGGGAAGGGGUCUAAGAGAGCCUUCGCUCCUUCCGAAGAAGAGGACGCCAACCACUGGUGAGGAUUUGUCCUCGACAAAUUCAGAGAGAUCAUUCCUAAUGAACCUGUAUUUUCUGUGUGAAUUCUGUUCCUCUAGUCAACUUUU